AUGCCGGUGAAGGGUGUAAUCUGUGAAAGACGGAACCGUUCCGCCAAUCGAGCCUGCAUUAUCUCCUCUAUGAAUGGAGAUGCUUUUGUCUCAGGCCUUGUUGGAUGGGGGAUCAACGACCGCGAUUUCAUGGAGAAGACAUUGAAGGACCUGAAAAUAGACGUCGUCAUAUCUGCGGUUGGCGAAGCUAGUAUUCUUGAUCAGCUCACAUUAGUCGACGCUAUCCAAACUCUUGGAACUGUAAAGAGGUUUCUACCAUCUGAAUUUGGACAUGAUGUUGAUCAGACUGAUCCAGUGGAGCCCGGGCUGGCCAUGUACAAGGAGAAGCGCAAGGUCCGGCGGGCAGUCAAGGCGUCUAGGGUACCAUACACGUACAAAUGUUGUAACUCUAUCGCCACAUGGCCUUACCAUGACAACACGCAUCCAACCGAAGUUCUCUCACCGUUGGAUCGGUUCCAGAUUUACGGUGAUGGCCGCGUCAAAGCCUACUUUUGCUGCGGGACCGACAUCGGAAAAUUCACAGUAAAAACAAUUGAUGAUGAUCGCGUAGUCAACAAAACUGUUCAUUUUAACCCCACCUGCAACUUCCUGAACAUAAACGAGCUUGCCAAUCUCUGGGAAAAGAAGAUCGGUAGAACCCUGCCAAGAGUAAUUGUCACCGAAGAAGACCUACUCGCUACUGCUAAAGAAUUAAGAAUUGCAACCCCCAAGAGUUUCAUGACAUCAUUCACUCACGACAUUUUCAUCGGAGGCUGCCAAAUUAACUUUCCUGUUGAAGGGCCAAAAGACAUCGAAGUGAGCCAACUAUACCCAGAUAUCCCUUUCCGCACCAUGGACAAGUGCUUCGAUGACUACAUUAUUGAGCUCCAACACCGGACGAGCAAUGAGAAUGCCAAAUCAAGUUCCAUUAAGCUCCAACACCGGCCAAGCGAUGAAAAUUCGAAACCAAAUUCUAUCAAGCACCAACAUCAACCAAGUGAUGAGCUUGCCAAACCGAAUUCUAUGGAGACUGGCCAUCCCUAUAACAUGUGA